AUGAAUAGAACCGCAGCGUCAAGUCCAGAAUAUUUUGCUCCAUGGCUCCUUGGCAUGUUCCAAUCUUUCUCACUGUGUGCAACUUGUAUUUCCAUGUUGGGCUGCUAUAGAAGGGGAAAGCGAGCUGCUGACAAGUUCGACAGAAAAAGUCCAACAAGACCCAUUACGAAAAGAGCCCAUUCGUUCAGCCCCACUAAUCUUAGGCCACGGCAAAUGCAAAAGAGAUCAAUAGAAAAAGUAAACACAGAAAGUUAUACACCAGAAAGUGCUUCUGCCCCUGAAAAGUUGAAUGCGAUGAUGGAUAAGUCCCAACACAGCAUUUACCAAGAACCAGAAAAAGACGUUGCCAUGCCACAUUGCUUGGUGACAAAGGCGCUUCGUGCGUUAGCUACAAAAAAGAGAGAAUUUAUGAAAUUACGGAAGUCUCUACUUCACCAACAGAACUCCUUGCUGGAACAUUUCGCCUCGUUAAAAGAGCUAGAAUCGCGGGCUGGAAUACACGACGAGUCUUUAGGAGAGAUUCGCAUAAUGUCGCUGCCUGGAUGGCCAGCGCAUGACAUUCUGCUGUUGCUGAGAGACGACUUCGAAGCGCCACUUAAACUUGACAGCAAUGGUUGUUUAGGUACGCAGGUGAUGCAGCAAUUACAAGCCCAACUCGGCACAAUACCUGAACAGGUAUUGACAAUGGGAGCGGAGAUCAUGGCUCGUCGCAUCGAACUGCUGAAUCUUCUGAGAUGCAAACAUCGCUGCGAUCGAUCUACUUAUCACACGAAUUUGGAAUGGAAAACAAAAAAUAGCGAGUUUGACAACGAGACGGAACGUCUGCACAGACUCGUCGCUGGAACGGCAGAAAACUUAAAGGAGAAGAUUACUUAUUCGAUUGAUCUAGCAAAAUUGCCCUGGGUAGAUAGAGAGAACUUCGCUAAAAAGAUUGAACGCUUACAAAAAGACAACUCCAUACUUCAAAUGAAAAUCGAAGAGUUAUUGAAAAAGGACAGAGUUCCUAAUGAGGACGAUAAAAGUGACAAGCCCACAGAAAGGGCGCCCAACUAUCAAACUAUAUGUGAUGAACUAGCAAGAGAGAAGUCAGCUAGAGAAUCGUUGAAGGAAGUUGUAUCGGCCGCAGAAAGUAUGCUGCGUGUGGCCAGAGCUCGAAUUGCCACCUUGGAGAAACAGUUGAAAGACACUCGAGCUGAAGUUGAAACGGCUCGUAAGAAGCAUAAGGACUUAGAGCAACUUUAUCGACAUCGGGAGUCAAGUUACGAUGCACGUUCAAGGAAGCUAUUGGAGGUAUCAAAAACUGGAGAAAUGACCAUUGAAGCUUUGUCACGGCAACGCGACGCUUUGGAACUGAGAGUGAAAGAAUUGCGAGAGGAAGCGGCAGCAGCGGAGAAGGAAGCAGCGGCCCGUGAACUGGAACAAAAGACACGCAACGAGACGCUGCAGGCGAAGGUAGCAGAACAGGAAAGAAAUCGAAAAUUUGCCGAAACGAACGUGGCUGAACUAGAAGGACGUGUAAAGGAUCUUGAAGAACAAUUGCGAAGUUUACGAGAUAAAUCGAUGCGUCUCGUUGAUUUAGAACGACGGCGUUGCUUAGAAUACAUACCAACUAAAGAAAACGAACCGUCUGACAGAGAAACCGAAAUUUGGAAAGAAUUGCAAGUGACUCGCGUAGCUCUAUCUCGAGCUGAAGACGAUCUUCGGCAAGCUAGAGCGGAUAAGGAGAGCUUUUUAAACUCACUUUCAAGGAUUGCGCAAGAAGAAGGAGCGAACAAGAAUGACAAAUUGGCUACUGAAUUACUCAGCAGGGAACAGAAGAUAUGUGCUUUACAACGCGUUAUUGAGAGUCAGCAGGAGAACGAAAAGAUUAUGGAACAGAGCAUGACCGAAUAUGAAAACCAGCUCGCAGCUAUGCGACUAGAAAUAAAGAAGCUGCGAAAUUAUGACUGCUAUUCGAAAGAUGUCACGUAUCAAGAUUUACAAACAGAGCUGCUAGAAAUGCAGAUGCAAGUGGAAACCUUGACACGAGAGCGUUCCGCGUUAGUAUCAGCUGCUGCAUCAAGAGCACUGAUGCUGGAGCGUCAUGAACGUGCUGCGGACUUGUUCGCACGGAUGACCAGAGCUCGAAGGAGCCUGGCUGCUCACUUGGAUGGGCAUACUGACCCACCUGAUAAUGAUGUCUCCGCUUAUCCAGAAGUAUCCCGUUCAUUGACAUCAAUGUGUUCUUACGCGGCUGAUACCUGGUCAGCACUAAGAGCAGAGCGUUCAAGGGUAAUACGUCUGGAGAGUGCUGUCUUAGCACAAAGCUUGCAACUAGGAAGAGAAGGCCGAGUGAGAACCCAAUUGGAGCGCCGUCGAGCACUUUUGGAGCGUGAAAUUUUGCGAGUGCGGCAUAGUACUGGGUCAACAUCACCACGAGUCAGCUACAAUAAUAACAAUAAUUCAGCCCUGUUCUUUGAAUGA